AGCUCCCUUGUCUGGGCCCAAACUCCUGUCCCUCCGCUGCAGCCUGUCACAGGCGCUUCCGCUCGCUGCGCACCGAACCCGCCGGGUCAAUGAGCCGCUCCUUCCGCCCAGCGCCGGGCCCGGGCCAAUGGACACCAGCGACCUGUUCAGCAGCUGCAGGAAGGGAGACAUCUUCAGAGUGCGACACCUUGUGGAGCAGAGAGACGUGGAACUGAAUGUGCGUGAUAAAUGGGACAGCACACCCUUGUACUAUGCCUGUCUUUGUGGACAUGAAGAACUUGUCCGUUACCUUUUAGCUAAUGGUGCCAAGUGUGAGGUGAACACGUUUGAUGGGGAGCGCUGCCUGUAUGGGGCUCUAAGUGACACCAUCCGUAGGCUGCUGAAGGAAUACAAACAGAUUACUGCCAAGUGCAUGCAGAGGGAUUACUAUGAUGACUUCCUACAGAGACUCCUGGAGCAAGGCUCUUACAGCGACACAGUGUUUAUUGUACAUGGGGAAUCCUUCCAAGCUCACCGAUGCGUCCUCAGUGCUCGCAGUCCAUACUUUGCAGAAAUGUUUGAGAACAAGUGGAAGGGGAAGAAUGUCAUCGGGCUGAAGCACCCACUGGUAAAUCCAGCUGCCUUUGGUUCUAUACUGCAGUAUUUAUACACAGGCCACAUGGAUAUUGAUGUGGAACAUGUUGAAGACUGUAAGAGACUGGCCAAGCAGUGUAGGCUGCAAGAUCUCAUUGAUGAUCUAGAGGAGAAGUGUAAAAAGGUCUAUGAGUUUGUCUCCUCCAAGCCUGGAACUUGUGUAAAGGUUCUAAGUGUGGAACCCUCUGGGAACGGCCACCUACAAGAGGAUCUAGCAAUUUUGGCAGACUGUGCCCUGCCAGCUGAGCUGCGGGUGGGCUUCGGAGAGCUGCCAUUUGACAGUACAGAUAAUUUCAGCAGUUACCCUGAUGUCUGCUUCCAGAUUGCUGGUUACAAUUUUCUUUGUCACAAGUCUUUUUUUUGCGGCCGGAGCGAUUACUUCAAGGCCCUGUUAGAAGAUCACUUUUGCGAGAGCCAUGAGCUGCAGGCACUGCCCAGUAUCCCAGUAAUCACUCUGCACAACAUCACGGAGGAGACCUUCAUGCGCGUCCUGUAUUAUAUUUAUAGCGAUGACACAGAGCUGUCCCCAGAUAACGCCUAUGAGGUGCUGUGUGUGGCGGACAUGUAUCUGUUGCCUGGAUUGAAGCGCUUGUGUGGAAAGACCUUGGCCCAGAUGCUGGACGAGGACAGCAUCAUCGGCAUUUGGAAGACCGCUAAGCUUUUCCAGCUGACACGACUAGAGGAUCAGUGUACGGAAUAUAUGGCCCGGAUCAUUGAGAAGCUGGUGGAUUCUGAGGAGUUUGCUGCUGCCGUGCGAGAGGACGCCGAGGCGGUGGAGGAACGCCAGGAGACAGACUCCAUCCCGCUUAUCGACGACAUCCGUUUCCAUAUCACAAGCAACGUGCAGACCUACAGCGCCAUCGAGGAGGCCAAUCAGCGGCUUGAGGCUUUAGAGAAUUUGUUGGCCAGUCUAGAACUGGAAUGUUAAACCCAAGAAGAACAGAAUAUGGUGUAUCUUUAAAGAUUACAUGUAAUGUUCUAGAUCCAACCCAAAGUGAUACUAUCCAUUUCUCCAGCUAAAGCAGUCAGACAGUUUGUAGCCACAUGUUUGCUCUAAGCAGUCCUCUGGCUGUUUCUCAGCUACAGCUUCUAGGGGAGUUAUAGUUCAAUAACAACAGAAGCGAUGCUUAUAAGUGGCUCUGUUUUCAGCCAUUUUAUUCAGCUGGGUAUUGCAGUCCCACAGUAACGCUUUGCAUGGGAUACAGCUAAUAUGCAUACUAGUCAGGGCGCUGGUUAGUUAGGUUAUUAGCUGCCAGUCACAACUUAUUUAACCUCUGGUAUUUGGUGUGUAUCUAGGAUCCCAGAGCACUUACAGAACACCCCACUCAUAUAACUGCGUACGCACACUUGCCCACAAGAACACGGGCAUUAAUGCAGCUUGUAUACUCUGGGAUAAACUAAGGCUGUGCUUUCUCUCACACAGGAAUAUAGAUUGGUUUAUAUACAAUUCAAGUUGACGCAAUAUAAAGGGAUAUGAGUAACUUACACAUAUGCAUGCAAAGCUUUCCCAGCCUUGUGUGGGAGUGGUUUUAACACCCAAGGGUGCUCAGGCAUGAUGCAUCAGACUUGCCUGGCGGAAACUAAUGGAUAACAAAAGGGGGCACAGUACAAUAAAGUACUUUCACUAUAGCUAUUCACUAUACUACAUAUUUGGGGGUGCCUUUCUCAGUUACCUGUAAUAAUACACAAAAUCUCUUUUAUAUCCCUAUCAUGCCCUGCCUUAUGUACUUACAAACAGCACCAAUAUAUGCCAGCACCAGCUGUACACAUGCAGGGGAUGGGCAUUCGGCAACGCUGUGGGGGGGGUGUAUACAUUUGGCUGAAGCUCCAUCUUGUGUACAGCACCCCUAAAACAGCAAAAUAAAAUCCAAAUGUGUGUGUAUAUAUAAUAUCAUUUUUCUUUCAGACUUUUGAAUUCAGCAAAGUGGUAACCCCCAAAUGCCCUGUCUGUUAAUCUUAGCUCCUCUAUCUCUCCCACUUUGUUAGCUUUGUCUCCCCAGAUGUACAUCUGCUAAGAAACAAGGCCCUACUGGUUUUCCCAGUACAUUUCCAUAACAAGCCCACAGCUACUGGUGAGGGAAUGAGUGGCUCUGGGCUCCGGGUUGAGCAACACAAGGACAUGAUGCUGAUGGUUCCUCCUCUCUCGUGGGGAACCCAUUCACUCCAUGGAUAAUGAGAGCCACCUCCAUUUCUACAAUUUUGCAUUAUCACCAUAGGUUAAAGUUUUGUGGUUCUGUUAUGGGAAGAGUGAGGCAAGCAUUAACCUGUUAGUUUCCUGUACACACAGCUUGAUGAAUGGGUCUGAAAUAACUUAGGGACCUUCUUGGCUCUGGGGGCUUAUAAUCAAUGUAUCUCUCCUUUCAGUCUGUUCCUUAAAAGGCAAUGCACUGUGCUUAUACGUUUAAUUUAUGUUUCCUUUCUACUCUCUAAACUAUACAGGAACGUUCCAUGUCCUGCACAGUGUAUUUUCUCUGUGGGUUUGUGCGCAUGAGUGGAAGCUGCCAUAUAGUUUGCUUUGGCUGUGCCCUUCUCUCUAGUUUAUAGAGCUGAGUAUAUAGAUCAAUUUUUUUGAUCAGUUUUUGGAGAAUCAUUGGUUCAGUAGAGGUGAGCAAACUAGCAACACCUGGGUUGUUUUGAUCAGGACUGGCACUUCCCGCCGCCAGUUCACGUUUUGGGGUGUUGUGGUUCUAGGGAGACCCACAGUCCUUUAAUUGAUGUCUGCAUGAAGCAAUAUAAGUUGGGUAGCUGGCACCCGUAAGGAAUGCCCUGCGGGCCAUUUCUCUGUCUGUAAAGGGCAGCUAAAUAAAUCAUAAGCCUGCAGUAUAUAAAAGAUUGCUUUUCAGCAGCGAUGAUUAAUUUUCAGCCUUCCAUUUGCUGUGAAUGAUAUUGCUAGGUGUCCCUUGUAGGGAGAAAUAAACUGGGGGUAAACUGGGGGUACACUGAACAUGAUGGCUUCCCCUCUGCAAGCCCAGUGCACACUUGGCACAAACAUUCAGUGCCCUCUGUGACUCUUGUCCCCCACUGAGAGCUGCACCACAUCCGGCCUGGGGACACAGCUUGGGCAUGAGUUGCCAGCCCAGAAAUGAUCCCACUUUGCUAGUAGGCAAAAUCCUCUCUGUUAUGCCAUGUAGUCCCAUACCUUGGUAUUGCCAUUUGGAAUAAUAAUAAAAUCAAACCAUGUGCAGUUUGUUGGCGUUCUAAGGCAAGCUUGUGAGAUGAGCAUGAUGGGUAGGUGGGGUAUCCACUGUAUGUAUAUAAAGGCACCCCUGUAUUUCCUGAUUUGUCAUUAUUUUCUUAUUUUCUCUUUAUGCUUUUAAUAAAUGACUGCACUUCUCA